UAAUGUCUCAAGAUAGAAUGUUCGUGCAAGGUUCGCGAGUUAUAGUUUUAUCAUUUAUGCUGUCAUUUUCUUAGUCUGCGGACAUGCCGAAAGAAGGUCAAGUAUACAGUUGAAAACAGUUCAGUUACGCCUACACCAAGUACCGUGCACCGUGCAUAUUCCUUUCAUUGCACAUUGACAAUGAUAAUUUUUGCGAAAACAAAGUUCCAAAAAUUUACGUAUUCGUUUUUUAAUCUGCUUACUUGCAAGUUGAAAGGAGAUUAAAUAUAUAAAUCUGAGGUACCGUAGUAUUCUUACAUGAAGGAAAAAGAAAUCGAAGAGUGAAAAACGGAUUUGAACGCUGCUAAUUUUCUCGUGAGUGUCAUGAAGUAUAUUGAAUUUAGUGUAAAAGAUCUGAGAACUGAACUGAAACGGCGAAAUCUUUCGGUGAAUGGACUCAAAUCGGAUUUGGUGAACAGACUAGAGGAGUCAGACAAAGAUGCAAAUUUCAAAAGUUCAACAAGUUUCAAUGGUAAUUUUAAUGGUUUGAGUGAACGAGUUCAGCUGGAGAAAAUUAUGGAAAGAAAGAAUCGAGAAAGUAUUGUAUUAUGGAAGAAACCUUUGACAACAUUACAUUAUUUCUCUCUUGAGCUGAUGAUCAUUGUUCAAGAAUAUUGGAAACGGAUAUUACAGCAUCGGAAAUCAUGCACCCUGUUUGUUACAAGUGUGAUUGCCCUUGCUUUGUUAUAUUUUAUUCCUGGCUCUCAUCAAAAGCAUGUCCAAGCCAUUGAAGACACCAUUCUUUGGUGUUGUUACUGGAUGGGUCUUGGCAUACUUUCAUCUGUUGGUCUUGGAACUGGUUUACAUACCUUCCUUUUAUAUUUGGGUCCAUUCAUUGCGCAGGUUACUUUAGCUGCUUGGGAAUGUCAAUCCUUAGAUUUCCCCCAACCUCCCUAUCCUAACGAGAUAUUUUGUCCUGAAGAUGGCCAUACAUCUACUGUGAGUCUAUGGACCAUAAUGAGAAAAGUGCGGCUGGAAGCUUGCAUGUGGGGUGCUGGAACAGCGAUUGGCGAACUUCCUCCAUAUUUUAUGGCCAAAGCUGCACGUUUGUCAGGCGUGGAAUUGGACGAUGAAGAUUUGGAAGAAGUUGAAAAGUUAGAAGAGUUGCAGUCUGGGAGAGAGUUAGAUUUUUGGACUAGAAUUAAGAAGGGGAUCCUUGAUCUUGUUCAGAGAGUUGGUUUUUUCGGAAUUCUCGUCUGUGCCUCGAUUCCCAAUCCAUUAUUCGAUUUGGCCGGUAUCACUUGUGGUCAUUGUCUUAUACCUUUUUGGACUUUCUUUGGAGCGACGCUCAUUGGCAAAUCAAUAAUUAAGAUGCAUUUACAGAAAACUUUCGUUAUUUUGUCAUUUAGCAAAACUUACAUCGAAAGAGUUUUGCAGCUUGUUGGUGACAUACCACUUAUUGGUGCCUACAUACAGUCGCCUUUUAGCAAAGCCUUACAGGCCCAAAGAGACAGCUUACGUCGCAAACAGGGUGAAGCAACAAUAAAGAAAACGAGUACUUUGGCGUGGUUGUUCGAGAAGCUUGUUCUCUUAAUGAUUGUCUAUUUUUUAUUGUCCAUUAUCAACUCAAUGGCGCAGUCUUAUGAUAAGAGGACGCACGAGCAAAGGCGCGCUGCACCGCGGUCUGUCGUCAAAGCUAAGUAAAAGCUCUUUUAAUGAUUGAUAUACGCUUCAAAACAAUUUAUAUUGUAUUCACCGUAUACCUUCAUGUAUUUAUGUUUGGUACGAACUGGAUAUGUUUUGAAAUUAAGAAGUAGGACGUCUGUA